GGAAUUUUUAGUCGUGUUUUAGAAAUCGAAACGAGCGGAUGUAUUUUGAUGUUUCUCGCGCCCCCACGCUGUAGGAAGUUGUUUGUGAAUAUUUCGUGUUUGAGUCCUGUUUGCUAUCGCAACGCUGGUCACGAUUUGUUAUCUGAUUUGGCCAUUGGCAAUUUUGAGCCUUUUCGCACACAUUUUGGACUGGUUAGUUCACACAAAGCUGCAGGUUUAGUUUGAAAGUGCGAAGUGUAGUAUCGUGCCGGUAGAAGGUUUCGGUUUUUACCGACGAUCUCGUGAUACACUUUGGCACCGGCUGCCCUGGCCUUCGGUCUACAUAUAGUGCGAGUGGUGUGUGUUUGUGGGAUGGUCAUCGAAAAACGCCGCCAAGUGCAGAACAGAGCAACGAGGAAAAUCUUCAUCCCAGCUGUUUCGAGUUUCUCUCAGACGAACUACGUCGACUACUAGGUGCGGGAGCACGGAAGAAAAAUCGGAAAAUGCGAAUAGCGAAUAAUGAAAUUGGAAUAAAAUAAAUUUCCUUCCAUUCGUGUGUGCAUUGUUGGUGUUGGUGAAAGCUGAAAUAAUAGUGAAUAUCGCAGCAAAUUUGUUUUGAUAAAUUUGAAUCUGUCAGUCCGUUGUACGUGUUGGUCGUGUUGCUCGCCCGUCUAUCUAUCGUCACCACCCGCGCCACCUGAGGCUACCUGUAGGAAUGAUAAAAUUGGAAAAGUAUUAAAUUGUAGCUACAGAGUGAACGCAUUUGGAGCAAAAUUUGAUUCCGUGCCUAGAUCGGAUCGCAUAUAGUGUGUAAAAACUGUGAAUUGCUUUCGGUGUAGUAAAAAUAGCUAGCGUGAGCUCAUGCCGCGGGCAAAACAAGUGAUGUUUAUUCAAUUUUCUUCGCACGUGUGUGUCCUGGCAUCGCUUUAGAAAAGCCCGAACGGUGUGCGGUGCGUGAAAUACGUGCGUGUCUGAUAGCAAGUCAUCUGUAAGCCUACGGAUUUGUAGCCACCUGAGGACAGCAGCCGUGAAAAUUCAGGAAGCUCACUCCCGUUCUUCUAAACUAGCAAGAUCAGCGCUGACUGAGCAGCACCGAGCAUGGAUAAAUUCAGCACCAUAAAAAUUGGAUUAUUCUGUUUACUUUUCGGAGUGUGUUCGUCGGUGAAGAUAACCAGCCUGAAAGUGCCAUCCACCUAUCUAUUAGAUAAGAAUUCGAAAAAUCCGGACCCGCUGAUACUGGAUUGCGAGUAUGAAGUCGACGAAAGUGAGAAGGGUUUCGUGCUCAAAUGGUUCCUCGAUGGACAGCCGGUAUAUCAGUGGAUACCGACGAAAAAUCCGUUCCCAUUUCAAUCCUUCAAAAACCGUGUCGACACCAGUUACGUCGUAUCACAGGAGCGGCUACACAAGCAUCGUGCCAUGGCCAUCAUUAAACCGCUGGCCAACUUCACCGGAGAAUACGCCUGCAUGGUUCAAACGUUUGCUUCGAUUGACCGGAAGUCAGCGAAGCUGAAAAUCAUUGUUCAAGAGUCCAAGUUUGAUCUCAACUACUACCUAAACGGGGACGGCUACAUCACGGUUGAUUGCCACGCACGGGACAUUUCACCGCUGCCGGAACUGCAGAUUCGGAUCAACGAUAAAUUAUUCGAAACGCAAAAGCUCAAGUCGGUGCAGGGUGAGAAUAAUUUGUACAACGUGUCCAUCAGUGGCAGCAUACAGAAAGAGGAGCUCGAAAGUCCUACCACGAUCGAGUGCUUCCUAAUGGUGCCGGAGACCAACUACACCAAGAAGCGUUCUACGAUUUAUUACGAUCCUGAAAAAUAUUAUAUGGAGAACAUUUGGCUUGCACAUGGAAUACCUAGCUCUGAUUUGAUCCGUCUAUCCCUUGCUUGGAAAUUGUUCAACGUAGUUGAAGAAUCUCAUCUGAGAACCACAACCAGCACAGUAGCUUCCACCACGAUCGUUGGCAUGCUACAAGCGGCACCGGAAAAUCUACUGAAAAAGGGACUGAAUGCCACCGACGGAAACAGUGCAACGGCUCUUCCAGUCCAGAUGCGCACCACAUCCAGCCUGAUAGUGACCCUCGUGACGAUUGUACUCAUUUUCACGUCCACGAUUUUGUAGAUGAACUUCAAGCAGUACACCGAGGUCGAGAUUCGUGAUCGAUAUUUGCAUAUACAUUUUGUCCGUAGAUAAACAUUGAAACAACUAACGCGUGGCUCGAAGCUACGAAUAGAAAGGGAUGAACAUAGUUGACCCCGACUGUAGAGUGGAUGUGAUGAACGUGUCCCGAUUGAGCAGAAAAUGGUGUGUAGAUAUCGUAGGAUUCGCGUCGUUGUGUUGCAGCUAAAACAAUAUGGUACUAACUACUGCUACUAAUAUAGACGCUUUCAAGAGUGCUUGCGAGUCAUGGAAAAGUCUCAUGUAAAACAAAGAUGUCUCCUGUAGUCGUACAUAAGUGUUGAAUCGUGCUAGUUUUUAUCGAUUACCAUCUAUCUAUAGGGUUUAAGUUAAUCGCAGUCAUUGUUUACAUAUUAAGCAGAUUUCAUUUUUUUGUUUCACACUCCUGAUACCAAAGCUAAAACCAAAGUAAUCAUCUUGAUACCUACUAAAUGGCAACAACCAACCAAAUUCGAAGCAUACGAAACGCUAAAUAGUCAUUCGAGAGUAAGUAGUUGAAUGUUUUAUAUAGAUUUUUUAUGUGUGUACAGCAAAACUGAUCUCAUCAAAAACAAUCUGAAAGAGAUCUGAUUUUUGGUGGAAACUAAUGGGAAUUUGUCCGUUGUCGGCUAGCAAAAAAUAACAGCUAAAUUUACAGUCGAGAACGAAAAAAAAUGGAAACAAUUAUUGAAGUAUUUUACAACAAGAAGGAAGUAAAAAUAUGAUGCCUUAUGAAAUAUAUAUAAAAAACACACACUUUUUUAAGACACCGAAAAAUUGAGAGCGCGUGAAAGUAAAUUGAAUGGAAUUACCAGAACUAUUACUAUGUAAGAAAACGUAAUUUCAGAAAAUUGUCCCGUUCCGUGUUCUAAAGAGAAGAAAAACCGACGCAACCUAAGGGGAAAAAACUAAAAUGGCGAACAAACAUAUGCAACUAUAUAUAUAUAGUCAUAAUAAAUUUAUAUAUUUAAAACAGUAGUUUAAGUGAUGAAAAUUAAUAUCGAAGAAAACAACCAAUUAGCGAAUCGCCUGUUUAAUCCGAAACUAUUUGCAGCCAGUUCUUUAGAUACUGUAAAAAAGCAACCGAACAAAAUACUUAUUUUUCGGUUUUUCUUUUUGUAAAAUGACAGCGAAGAAUACUAUGAUGUCCGGAAUAAAGAGCAGUGAUAUUCGAAAUAUACA